UAUGUACAACCCUCCAUGCAUACUCUCUCUCAGUCUCUCGCUUGCUUCUUUUUUCAGACAAUCUAUGAAAACAGGAUUUACAGCCUUAAGGUGGAGUGUGGGCCCAAAUACCCUGAGAUGCCUCCCUGUGUCAGAUUUGUUACGAAGAUCAAUCUGAAUGGCGUGCACAACUCAAAUGGGGUGGUGGACAAUCGAGCAGUGUCGGCCCUGGCCAAGUGGCAGAACUCCUUCAGCAUCAGGGUGGUUCUGCACGAGUUACGACGGCUCAUGAUGUGCAAGGAAAACAUGAAACUCCCCCAGCCCCCUGAAGGACAGAGCUACAGCAACUGAUCCCUGACUUCGCCUCCUCUACCUUCCCUUUACUGUUCUGUUCAUCUUUCCUUCCACCCACCCACUGGCGAAUAGCAGCCCUUUCCCAGCCUUCUGUGAGGCUCCGACUGCCCUUCCUCCCUGAAGACACCCCACUGGACAGAGAGAGAGGGAUCUGAGGCUCUGCAGUAUAGACCACACCAUUAAAAUACUGUACAUGCUACUAAUCUUUUUUUUUAAUUAUUAUUAUUUGUUAUGAAUAGAAGUUGUACAAUAACAUAAAUAUUCUUGUUAUUGAGUGUAAACGGUGUGUGAACUCAAUUUUUAUUGUCCUCUGGGGGGAGGGGGGGUGCACGUUCUUGUGUUUCAGCAACUUUAGCUUUUUUCUUAAUCAGUUUUUCAUGAGGAAUCAGCAGAGUUGUGCAGAAUCCGUGUUUGAGAUGAUAUGAACUAGUUGUGUGACUACAAACUGGAUAUUGUUUCUCACCCCAGGAGAGAGGCGUUGUCACUCAAUCUGAAGCAUUGUGUUUGGUAAUGAGAAAAGCAAGUGCUUCAUUUAGUGGCUCUUCUUGCUGAAACACCAACUGCAAUGCUGUUUAAAUGACAGGAGGUGUUGGUAUCUGAGAACAGACCAGUUAAAAGUGUUAGCCGAGGAUUUCAACCCAUUCCUCUGCUGAAUUACCUUUAGCAGCAGCAUCAGCAGCCUCCCUUUCUGUUAAAAGAUAUUUUGGUUCUUUGCUUGUAUUUUACAUUUGAAUUUGAACAUGCAGCUGGUUCAUAGACAGUACUGUGGAAGUGUCCUGGCUUGAAAUUACUUUGUUCUGUAUCUUAGUUUCAGUCCAGUGGACUGACUACAUUCAGAUCUACCGCACAUUUGGAAAAUCAAAUACAAAGAACAGAAAUCCUGAAUCCAUUUUUACAACCUGGUUUUCAGUUCUUAGUUAUCUAUGCAAUUGAAAUAAUAUGCUGCAACACUCAAAUGUGUUUGGUUGUGUCAAAUGGAAAUUAAAUCACAUUAAGAUUACCUAUACUGUAAAUUAUAUUAGAGCCUGGUAUCGAUUUGAAACAGCCAUUUGAAAUAUAUUGAAGUAUACUUUGUAAUCGCUCCAAGUUCAUCUACUAAAUCACUUCUCAACCUAAUCAAAAAAAAAAAAAAUCCUAUAUUAACGUUUUAGAACAGAGGGUUUAGUAUUUUCACAGUGUUAAUAUAACAUGCUUAUGGGACAAAAAAAAACUACACACUUGAAAUGACAAUGUGGCGUUAUGAAAUUGUGUUCUGUAUGAUGUAUUCGGUACCACUGUGGAAGCAUCAGCUUUCACUUUCCGUUAGAAAAACGUUUUUUCUUGUAUAUUUAUAAUCUGGAUACAUUACUUGUCAUUCAUUAAACCAUUUUUAUUUAACUGCA